CAAAGAUGCCUUAUGCUAUCCCCUUCUUCUUGUUUUUAUAGUCCCUCUCUCAUUUUCGUCUUCGGUCCCCCAUCCGAUGUGGGAUGGGAAACAAUAGCAAAUGCCACAUUUCAUAUUUUCUUCAUCUGGCCCCACAUGCCCUUAUUUACUCACGCUUGUUCAUGGUUUGAUAACGUCUGUGACACGUGUCACGCUAGGACCUAUUUGGAUACCUCCAUGGGCCAUGGCCUACAUAACCAGGCUGGUCAAAGAAUCCCAUCCGUUCAAAUCAUGACAAGGUUCAAAAGGUUGCCGGUUGCCGGUUGUUUCAUCUCCUCGAAUGAAAAAGGUUCAAGAACGUCCGAGAUUCGUCAUGGUGGAUAGUCCACCAAAUGAGCGGUCCAAAUGUCUCGUGUCUUGUAGUAUUUCUCCAUCCUAAGUAGUCCAUAGGGUAUGAUCUAGCAGAUGAACGGCUAGGAUUGUCUUACCCCAGGUACUGGUGUAGAUUGAAGACGGUUCCAGCUAGUCGUUGGCGCGUUCCAAGUUCGAUAAUGGAGGAUGGUAGCAAGAGCUCAUACACCAUUCCUCCGUGUAUAUAAGCUCCAAUCUCCCAUCUUUAGCUCCGCCCUUCUUCUCUUUAUAAACCUGAAAACCAUCUCUUCCUUUUGCAGCAAAGCCUGCAAAAAUUCAGGCGCAAAUCCGCCACUUCUCGAUCCGAAAUCUUGCUUGUCAAUCUCCGAUUGCCGGAAAUCACAUGCCCAAGCAAUCAAAUAUGGGCUUUUCUCAAAUGGGUCCUUUCCAGGCGAUCAAUUGGUCAUUGGCUAUGUGAAUUGUGGCUACUUCGAUGAUGCACGCCAACUGUUCGACGAAAUUCCUAAGGACGUCGUGUCAUGGAAUUCGACAAUUUCUGCAUUUUUGCGGAGAGGAAAUGCGAGCGAGGGCUUGCGCAUGUUCCAUCAGAUGAGACUGGGAACGCGAUUGAAACCCAACAGCGUAACACUUAUCUCUGUUCUCUCGGCUUGUGCCGACUUGCAAGCGUUGGAUGAUGGGAAAUUCGUUCAUGGUUAUGCCACGAAAGAGGGAUUUUUGUGGGAGAUUAAAGUCGUUAACUCUCUCAUCAACAUGUAUGGCAAGUGCGAAUCCAUGGAUGCGGCUUGUACAUUGUUCGAGACGAUGCCGACAAGGAAUCUAGUCUCGUGGAAUUCAAUCAUCGCGGUUCAUGCCCAAAGUGGGUUGGCGGAGGAUGCGAUCAGUAUCUAUAAUUCGAUGAGGCGGGCUGAUUUCAAACCGGACCGAGCCACGCUCAUGAGCAUGCUCCAAGCAUGCUCCAUUUUAGCUGUGGCGAGACUGGGGAAGGCCAUUCAUGGCUACAUUGUCAGCUGUGGAUUCAUUGCAGAUAUGCCUAUCAUGACCACACUUAUAAAUGUGUAUGCGAAGUCAGGGAGCUUGGAUACUUCACAAGAAGUCUUCGCUGAGAUGAUCGAUCCAGAUGCUAUUGCCUGGACUGCGAUGCUUGCGGGAUAUUCCAUGCACGGGCGUGGCAGAGAAGCAAUGGACAUCUUCAAACACAUGGUUGGCAGAGGCAUUAGGCCUGAUCAUGUCACCUACACACACCUCCUAAGUGCAUGUAGUCAUUCAGGGCUCGUCGCAGAGGGGAAGAAAUAUUUCGAGGACAUGAGUAAAGCCUACAGAAUUGAGGCGAGGGUGGACCAUUACUCAUGCAUGGUUGAUCUCCUGGGUCGAUCUGGGCUUUUGAGGGAAGCCCGUCAGCUGAUAGAGAACAUGUCAAUCGAGCCAAAUGCCGGCGUCUGGGGCGCAUUGCUAGGUGCUUGUAGGAUGCACCAUAACAUUGACCUGGGGAAGGAAGCAGCUGAGAGAUUGUUUGUGCUGGAACCUUUGGACCCGAGGAACUAUAUAAUUCUGUCAAGCAUGUAUUCUGCAGCUGGAAUGUGGCGGGAUGCUUUGAAAGCGAGAGCUUUGAUGAAGGAGAGAGGUGUACGGAAGAACCCAGGAUGCAGUUUCAUUGAACAUGGCAAUAAGCUCCAUAGAUUUGUGGCUGGGGACCAGUCACACCCGGAGGCAGAGAAGAUAUACAUGAAACUAGAGGAGCUUACUAGGAAGAUGCGCGGAGCUGGUUAUGUGCCUCGGACAGAAUUCGUUCUGCAUGACGUUGAUGAGGAGCUGAAAGAAGACAUGAUUAAUGCACACAGUGAGAAGCUAGCCAUUGCAUUUGGGCUUCUUGUGAUGGGCAAUUCCUUGCCUAUAAUGAUAACUAAGAACCUCCGAAUCUGCGGCGAUUGCCAUAAUGCUGCCAAGUUCAUAUCAUCGAUUGAGAGGCGGAUUCUCAUCAUCAGAGAUUCAAAACGGUUCCAUCAUUUUGAGGAUGGGUCAUGCUCGUGCGAUGAUUUUUGGUGAUUCAGGAUCUGAUGCAGAUUGGUGAAAGAUGGACCAUGUACUGAGUGAAAUGGACCAUGUGCUGAGUGACAUCGACGGCUGAUAAAUUUGCUAAUAGAGCGGCAUUGGCGCUAGUGAGGUUUGGACACCACUCUCCUAUGAAUUUCUUCAUUUAUCAUAUCAAGUUCUCAAUGUAAUGUAUAAUGCCUUUUGCAGCUUGCAGACAUGGCUGAACUUGUGGAAGCCUUGAAACUGGUUAGUUGCUCCA